UGACUCCCCGCUUCCCAUAUCCCUCGAGGACUGUCCCGAUGGUUUUUAGAAAAUAAAAAGAAGUUCGAAACUCACGGCAAGAACCACCUGGAAGGGGCCACCGCAGAAAUUUCUUAUUGCUUAUAAUAUUCGUUUGGUUUCCCCAUUAUCACUAUCUGGUUGUUGAAGGCCCCACCGUCAAUUGAGCUCGUGGGUCGAAUCUCCUGGCCGUUUCGUGAUUGUCAAGCAGGACAAGACCCUACUUAACCCGAUUGAUUUAAUUAUCCUGUCGGUUGCGCUUUGCAUUUAGGCCCGACCCAACAUCCAGCAUCGAACCGGGACGACUGCUGGCUUUUGUUAGGUAGUCCGGAGAGUGAGAGAGAAGAAAUUGCUCCGCCUCAACGCAGCCCAGAAACCAAGCCCACUGUGGUUUGUGCCUGUCACUCCGUCCCGCCAGCAAGGGGAAAAAAAACCCGCCGCCAGCCAUUGACUGACGAGAAUCUUCACAAUGUCCGGUGCCCAUGCUUUGUAUCCGGACACUACGCCAUCCCAGGGGAAAACAUGGCAAGCGAGACUGGAGGAUCACUGCAAAGAGAGCGGUGUCCCUGGCCCGAAUUUCGUGAUUGUCUCCGAUCGUCGAGGAGGUCGCACGGCCUGGUCCAGCUCGGUCACCGUCAAAGGCAUGUUAUUCAAGGCUCGGUUUUGGUACGAUGGCAAGAACCUCGACAAUGCCCGGGAAGACGCCGCCGAAUUGGCCGUGAACUACUUCCAGGGGGGGAAUCAAAAUUCCAGGCCGGGAGGCUACCCUCGGGGGCCCGGUCGUUAGAAGAGGGCUUCCUGUCGUGCGUACGGACAUACUGGAAAUAGGCGUAUCUCGGGACGGCUUUUGGUUUCUGUGUUCAUUCUCUGUCGCUACGCCCUAUACGUUGGUUGUGUACGACGCGUCCCGGACCGAAGCGAAUUCCUCGAAUCUCGCCAACAUGUACAACACGAAAUCUCGGCGGACGACCAUCUCUUUUGUUCAUUUCUAUUUUGAGGAAAACGAAAUUGUUGGGAGGGGAACAGACCAUAGGGGCGGAUGGCGGAUCCGGACAGCAGCAUACUAUUUUACUUCUUUUUCUCCUUC